GGGUGACUCCUCCAGUGAAGCAUCGAACCUGGUCGGACUUGCCAGCCAUUUGUUCCCCAUCAUCCUCGCAAGCAUUUCGUUGAAACAGCACUGCGGGCAAGUCUUUUUGCGGCGCAAGGUCUUCCUCGGUUUUUGCGUAGCUAGCACUGACGAACUUGGAAUUCGCCAUCCUCCCGUGGAAGACGGUCUCAGUUCUCCUCAUGCAAGCCCCUCUCGUCAUUUAAAGCACGAAUGCUGAGAACUCCACCCACUGUCUAUCUUACUCCCAGCCUUCAUCCUCACUUAUCUUCCUUCUGCCUUUGCCUUUCCUUCUCAAGAACUCAAGCUGGCUAUGAAGUUCUCGUUAUCCUCUUAUUCUGCUCUCGGCCUUCUGCUGGCGGUGUCUUCUCUGAAUGCGCUGUACCUUCCGCCGUCCGAGGAUCAAGCCCCUUUCUCAGUCAACACUCUCGCCCGUCGUGUGGUCUACUCUCCACCCAUCAUCAGCCCCGGCAGUGGAACGAUCUGGAAGCUAGGCAGCGACGAAGUGGUUACGUGGUCUACGGCGGACAUCCCCAGCGACGUGACCAACUCCAAGGGCAAGAUUCUAUUGGGUUACCUCGAGGAGGGCAGCUCCAACGAGCAUCUUGACGUUGAACAUCCGCUCGCUCAAGGAUUUGAUAUCCACGACGGUCAAGCUCAUGUUCAGGUCCCCGCCGAUAUACCGCCCAAAAGCAGUUACAUUGUCGUGCUGAUGGGCGACAGCGGAAAUCGGAGCCCGCCGUUCACGAUCAGCUGAAGAUGCUCUCUUAUCCCAUGUCCUUAUGUUAUUGCAAUCCAAUGCUACCCCUUGACUUCUCUU